UCGCGCGACUCUGAAACUCUUAACGCUCCCGUAGCAGAAUUCGCCAUUUUGAAUUGAAGAAUAUGACUUUUUUUUUGCUUGCAUGUGACGUUCGGAGUCCGUCGAUAGUUUGGUGAUUUGUUUUAAUCAGGAGUGUAACAGAGUGCGUCAUGUAAUGUUACCUGGGACUGAUAGCUUUGUGGCUGUUACAGUGCCUGUGGAACGGAGUUAGUGCCAUUGCUGCUGCUUUAUAGCUUCAGAGGCAAAACAGAUCCUGUAUGAGUGUGUGUGUGUGAGAGAGAGAGAGAGAGAGAGAGAGAGAGAGAGAGCGAGCGAGCGAGCAGUUAAACUCCGCGCUGAGCCCGAGUGGUUCUGCUCUUAGGUAUUUGUUCUGAGGAGGUGCUGGUGGGAAGCGGACUCCAUGCUGAUUAAUGCUUGUUCGCUCCAUGCCCUCUGCAGUCUGCCACUCCAAUGCCUUUCUACUUGUGGAGAAGGUGUAAUUAAGGAUUCACUCAUUUCAUCUGCUGCUGCCUGCAUUCUUUGUCCAGGCACGUGCUUCCUCUUGUAGCCAUUGCCAUGUUUUGGAAGUUUGACCUGCACACCACCUCCCACAUUGACCAGCUGCUUGAUCGGGAGGAUGUAACAUUGAAGGAAUUGAUGGAAGAGGAAGACCUGCUCCAGGAGUGCAAGGCACAGAACCACCGACUCCUGCUCUUUCUCGUACAGGACUACUGCAUGCAUGAGCUGGUCAGCCUCAUCACAGAGGAACCCCCUUCUGAUCUGGAGGAGAGAACACGCUUCAAACUUCCCAAUAUUGCCUGUGAUAUCCUCACCUCUGAUGUGGCUACAAUUAAUGACAAGCUGGGUGGUGAUGUAUGUGUGCUGGAGAAGCUGUACAGCUUUCUAGAACAAGAUCCACCUCUUAACCCACUGCUGGCCUCCUUCUUCAGCAAGACCAUUGGUAACCUGAUAGCACGCAAAACAGAACAAAUGAUUUCAUUCUUGAGGAAAAAACACAACUUCAUCAGCCUGGUUUUGAAUCACAUAGAUGUGUCCCCCAUGAUGGAUCUGCUCCUGCGUCUUAUCAGCUGUGUGGAACCAGCUCCCCUCAGACAGGAAGUUCUUAAUUGGCUGAAUGAGGAGCGAUUGAUCCAGAGGCUGACUGAGCUCAUGCACACAGGGAGAGAUGAAGAGAGACAAUCAAAUGCGUCCCAGACUCUGUGUGACAUCAUUCGUCUAAGUCGAGAUCAGGCCAGUCAGAUCCCAGAGGCCGUGGAACCAGACCCGUUGCUGGCCGUUCUGGAGUCAGAAGAGAAUGUGGCACAGCUUUUAAAGAGCAUGUUUGAAAAAAAGACCAGUGAAGCCUCUGUUGUCAAUGGAACUCAAGUUCUUCUGACAUUACUGGAGUCACGGAGGACAGGGCUGGAGGGUCUAAUGGAACUGUAUUCUCAGGGAUGUGAAAGGUCUUACACUGUCAACAGCAGUAUUCUACGUACUAUUGAGCCUCAUCUAAAGGACUUCCAACAACUUCUACUGGACCCUCCUAAGAAAAGUGCAAUACUCACAACUGUUGGUGUUCUGGAGCAGCCGCUGGGGAAUGCACGCCUUCAUGUGGCCAGGCUGGUGGCCUCUCUGCUACAGACAAGUGACAACAGCAUCUGCGAAGAGCUGUGUAGGCUUAACACCAUGGACCUUCUGCUGGAUUUAUUCUUUAAAUACACCUGGAAUAACUUCUUGCACUUUCAAGUAGAGAUGUGUGUGACAUCAAUUUUGAACCACUCAGCACACAUGGGUCUGCAGUCUUCGAUUCUCCAGAACCAUGAAGAGAAGCCUGAAGAAGGCCAGAAUAGCAGCACAGAUGCAGCACAUGUGCGCACCCGUGCUGCCUUGGUGGCCAAUCUUUUCCAAAAGUGUCGCUUGGUGCAAAGGAUUUUGUACGCCUGGGAGGAGAAUGACAGAAUUCAAGCUGAGGGUGGGACCAGGAGAGGUAACAUGGGUCAUCUGACUAGAAUCGCCAACACUGUGGUUCAGAACCUGGAGAAAGGACAUGUGCAGUCUCAGAUCAGUGAUCUCAUCAAAGAGCUCCCUGAGGACUGCAGAGGGCGUUGGGAGAGUUUUGUGGGAGAAACCCUUAGAGAAACAAACAGGAGAAACACAGUGGAUUUGGUAAGCACACAUAACCUGCAUUCUUCUAGUGAAGAUGAUGACAUGGAGAGCCCUUUCCCUAAUGAUCUGUCUAUUCAACAGGCAUUUUCUGAUUAUCAGAUUCAACAGAUGACUGCAAACUUUGUAGAUCAGUUUGGCUUCAAUGAUGAGGAGUUCAGUGAACAUGAUGAAAAUAUCAAUGCUACAUUUGAUCGAAUUGCUGAAAUUAACUUCAAUAUUGAUGCAGAUGAUAAUAGUGCCAGUGCUGCUGCCUUUGAGGCUUGCUGUAAAGAGAGAAUACAGCAGUUUGAUGACUGUGAAGAAGAAGAAGACAUUUGGGAGGAUAAAGAGAUCAGCUAUGCAACUCAAGUGAAAUCCCGAUCUAGGUUUGGUGUGUCUUUGUCUUCAGAAAGCUCACCGAAAGGUUCUGUGAGAAAUGGGAUGCAGGGCUGCAGGUCGGCCAGAGAGGAUGAAGAUGAGGAAGGGAAGAACCAGGUUUCUACUCAAACAGCAACCAGCCCAAAAUACCAAAUACCACAGACUCCACAGAGUCCUGUGUGCACAGCCAAUUUCGAUGAGGCGAAGGACAUUGCAUGGGGCUCUGCCUCCAAUCAGGCCAAUGAGGAGCAUCAUGGUACAGAAUGGGCCAAUUUCACAGAGUUUCAGCCUUUCUGCAGUAGCUCCAGUAACACUGAGAACAUGUCAGAAAUGAAAGGCCAGAAGGCUCCUCUGCUUGUCUCAGACUGCAGCUCUUCUGGAGGCUCUGACAGUAAGGAGGAUGUGGGAAAUGACAAGACUGUGGAUGCAUCCAAAGCAGCAGACAACCAAAAAGCAGCAGCCGUUCAGGCAUACAGUGAAGCACCUGCUGUGGAAUUGGAAAAACUCACUAUAACAGAUGCAGCAGCUCCUUCAGAGUCCCAGACACUCACACCCGAUGCAGAAAACACCACUGUGACAGACAAAAGAUUUGAUGCACCUUCUGAACCCACACCCAAUGGACCCAUCUGAAGGCAUUUAAAUGAAGCCAGACAAAAAAAAAACCCAUUUGAACCCACUUUUUGCCACUUCUGUUCUAAUUCUUAAAAACAAUACCACUUUUGGUGUUAAAGUAAAAAAUGCUGCCAAGUUGUUGAACAUGGACUCUACCAGUCAACAUGCACCACCGAAGGAAGAAGGAUGUGUAACACACACCCAGUAACCAGAGCAGUGCUCACAGGAGCUUUUAUUUCUUUUAACUUUGUAUGAAAUUUGCUGUUUUUAAUGUAGCAGUUGUGGGUUUUUCUCAGUUACAAAAUCAUUAGCCAUUCUAUUUUUCUUUGUUUAAUUUCCCAUUUCUUAAUUCAUUCUUCAACUCCAUCCCAACCACAGUGAGAGACAAAAAGGGUGUUGCAGGAAAGCACAGGAUACUGAAUCAUUAUAUAAUGUUGCCUCGUCCUUGUUUUUACUUAAAUGUCAUUGUUGUUAAUAUGCACUUAUGCAAGUUUCAGCGUGUAUAUAAACACAUCACACCGAUUGUUACAGAUAGUUUUGUGAAGUCUGUAAUAACUAUCCUACACCUCCUCCUCCAUAAUAAAAUUCACACAUGUAAAUUUAAUCCCAUCUGAACAGGGCUAUAGUUUCACUUCUCGUUGUGUGCAAUAAUGAAAUUUUAGCUCGAGAAUUUCAACCCACACUGUUAGCUGAUAGUGAAGUGUAUUUUUUCAAGUUCUGAUCUUUUUGCAGAGCAUUAUAAAUUGUGUAUACAAAGGCAUAUGGUUUCUGGUCAGCAUCCUUUCUUAACCUUCUAACUAUAAAGAAUACAGUACUUUUCUUUUUACUCUUUUCAAAUCAAGAAGUUUCAACAUGUAUGUUUGUAUUUCCUAACAUACUUCUGUACCUACAAAUUUGUUUACCCUGAAAAAGAAGUAUUUUAUUUGAUGUCAACUGAAUCACGGAAAGCAAGCAGGAGUUGUGAAGUGGUCUUUCACUCUACCAGAGUAUACCAGAUCUCCCACAGUCUUCCUGUUUUUCCACAGCUAUAUCUCUAGCGGCAAGGCAGCAGUGACACUCUUACAUUUAUAAGGAUACUUAAAGAACAAAAACGUGUUACUAAACUUGAUAUGAUCGUUUAUUUAGUCAUCACAAAUGAAUCUCUAAGUACUUGUUUGUAUCAGGAUCUUCUGGCUUGAUGCUUUUGAUCAUAUCCUGAAGCUUAUGAUAAUAGUUUUCUCUGUUCUCCUUCAUUAUUUAUUUAUAUAUUUUGCAUUGCUCUAUGAGAAACCUCCCCUGUGCUGUGCAUCUCUUAGUGUAAGCUGUUUAUUCUUUUCCUCCACUGUGCUUCUGCAUCUCACAAUUUUAUUAGGUUUGUUUCCUAAAGGCAGAAUAUGUUUAGCCAGUAAACCUUUAUUUACAAUUAGGAUUAUUAGGUAAAAAUAUAAAUUGAGCACAUUCUUUUUUGUGAUAUUUAUGCAACACUAAUCCUGUUCACCUACAAUCCUGUCUGUGUAUGCAAGCUUUUAUAGAUAUACAUGAAAAGGUGCAAAACUUCACCUAAGUUCACCUAAAAAUAAUUAAAUUAAUAAGAUUUAUUCAGUUGUAUUUUUCAGUUAACAAACGAGAACACUGGGCAUGAGAACACUGGGCAGCAGCCCCAGUAGUUGAUAAAUAUGUACUUGGAUCUUCAACGCACCUUUUGAUAGGUUGGCUAAUAGUUGAGGCAGUUUUAUCAACUAAUUUUUUUUAAUCAUCAAAGCUUGUUUUUGGUUAUGCCUUACAGCCAUGCCUGAGAAAUGCUACAUCAUUAAGCUUCACAAAAGUGCAUUAUGUUGAGAGAUUAAAUGGUUAAUGGUUGUGUAAUGAGGUGCAUUUUCUCACAAAUUACAGUUAGAGAGAAAAAAACAAUUACACUGAGGUGUACAGACUGUGUUGAUAUGACAUUCUCAAUGCUAACUAUAUAUCAAGAGAAUUCAUGUCUUUUACACAGCCCACAGAUACUCAGCUACAUAAGGAAAACUGGAAGCAGGAAGUUGUUAAUACAUGCAUUUAACAACAAAAACCACCUGCUUAAUCUUGUGUAGUUCCCUCUUGUUUUGCCAAAACAGCUCCAGACUGCACAAGACCUCUGAAGGUGUGCUGUGGAAUCAGGCUGCAAGAUGUAAGCAGCAGAUCCUUUAAGUCCUGGAAGCUCUGAGGUGGGGCCUCCAUGGACUGGACUUGUCUGUCCAUCACAUCCAACAGAACCUCCUAUUGGCUUGAGAUCUGGGGAAUUUCUGUCCAGUUUCUGGGAACUUUUUGUCAUGUUCCUCCACGGGGCAGGGAGCAUUAUGCUGGUAAAAGAGGAUGCUGCUAUUAGGGUACACCGUUGCCAUGAAAGGGCAACACGUUUAGGUAGGUGGUACAUGUCAAAGUAACAUCCACAUGAAUGCAGGACUCAUGGUUUCCCAGCAGAACAUUGCCUUGCAUCUUCGCAUACAGGAAGUUCCAAACGUCUCAGUUCAGAUCCAUAAACAGUGUCAGUUAUUGUAGUUAUCGGUUUACUGUUCAUCGACCCUGUACGAUUUUAUAUUUUAUAUGAACUGCUAAACCAGCAUGUGCAUGUGACUGCCAGGUCUGCUGGUGGAUGUGUUGAUGAAUUUCAUAUUUUCGUAUUUCUCAGAGUCCAAAAUAACGAGUCAUUUUAUUAAAAGUUUCACUUAUUUCACUCAAAUUGUUACUUGUAUAAUUUAUUCAGGAUAAUAAUAAAGAAAGAAUUACAAAACAAAUGAGAAUGCAUAAGGGGAGCAUUUUUCUUAGUGCUUUCAGACAUUGCUUCCCUACUUAUUCUGUUCUUAAAAAUAAGUGAUUGAUGUGAGAACAUUUUUAUAUUAUGUGUGUGUACAAGGCACUAAUCGGUGGGAGUUGGACUGAAUUUAUUUGUAUUUAUGAGCCAAGUCCCUACUGCCUUUAGUCACACAUUUUAUAACUUCUGUUAUUAAAUAAAUUCUAUCAUUUGCAUUACAUUUAUAUAAUUCAUUCUUCCCACUCAAAGGCCUGAAUCUGUUCCCCAUCCUGGUGAAAUUUCAGAGAACAUUUUUCUUCCUUUAUCUAAUCAUUUCCUAUAGGAAGUGAAAUAAUAUUGUGUUUAUGUUUGUAUCAUGUGUAUUAUGAUUAAAUAUUAUUAGAUUGUAGAGAAUCUGUAUUAUUAUUGUUGCGCUUUGGUUGGUGGACUAAAUUUAUUCGCUAGGUUAAAGUGCAAUAUAUCAAAACUUUUCUUUAUAAAAGUUCUAAUGCUUGUAUGUUGUCCUAUGUUAUUAGCUCCUGGUUACACACUUUCACUUGACAUAUACAGUUUCAGAAUGGAAAUGAUUUACUAUAAUCUUACUCUCCAGUGUUACCCAGAUGUGGAUUUGUUCCCUUUUUGAGUCUGGUUCUUCUCAAGGUUUCUUCCUCACAUCAUCUCAGGGAGUUUUUCCUCACCACUGUCGCCUCAGGCUUGCUCAUUAGGGAUACAUUGAAAUUUUAAACUUUCUGAAUGUUUAUUUUUCUGUAAAGCUGCUUUGAGACUUUCGUUAAAAGCACUAAUAAAACUGAAUUGAAUCGAGUCAGACACUAA